AGGACUGGACUCCUGGCCGUCAAGCGCUGCCAUCACACCAUUGUCUUGACGUCCCUAUCGUUUGUCAAACGGAUCCAACACUUGGACUGUAUUUUGCGGACAAUCCAUAUGUCGGGAACCAUUAGGGGAUGUCUUAAAGCGCUUCGCAUUCAUCACAACAAAGAGAUCAUUAAAUGUCGCCAACAAUUGGAUUCGCAAUCGUGUCAAAGUGUCAAUUCUUUGAGAGCUGGUCUGCAGUUCCCCGUCGGACGUAUCCAUCGUCUCCUUUGCAAAGGCAACUUUGCUGAGCGCGUGUGUGCGGGCGCUCCCGUGUAUUUGGCCGCAGUGUUGGAGUACUUGGCGGCUGAGGUGCUCGAGUUAGCCACCAGUGCCAUCAGCAAUAACAAGAAGACCCGUAUUAUUCCCCGACACUUACAACUAGCCAUUCGUAACAACAAGGAGUUGUAUGUCAGACAUGGCUGA